UAUGUUUUUUUUUAUAAAUUUAUCGCCCAGUAAAGUGUAUUCUUCACAGUUGAAACUAAUUCAAUGUUUUCUUCGUGAAUACAAUAAAUAUGUGUGAUUUAGUGAAUAAUUCAGAUAUUUUGAAAAAAUUAGGAUUUGACCAUUCCAAUCAGUGGAUUUUAUAUGAUGAUCGCUUUAAAAAGGAAAUAAUUGAAAAAGAUUUAAUUGAAUAUGAACUGCAAAACGCCAGUGAACGACAAGAACGUAUAAAACAACUAGAACAUGAAUAUCCUGGUUUGUGUGCAUCAGAUUCUGAAAUGGAAUCAUUAGUGAAUGAGGUAAUGGAAUUAGAACACGCUGAUAAAUCAUAUGCCAUAUUAAUAGAAGAAAUGCGAAUUAAUAAAGAUCAAAUUAAUACUAAUCUCAGCAAGAUCGAGGAAAGUUUAAAUAAAUUAAAAAAUUCAGAAAAGGAAAUGCUAGCUGUAUGUCAAAACAAAACAAAACAAUUAGAAGAAUUGCAACGUGCAAAUGUAAACUUAGUCAACGAAACUAAAAAGUAUUUUACACAAAUUCAAUCGCCACCCUUAUUUGUGCAUCAAUUACCUUUGGAGCAGUAUUUUCUAAAAUGUGAUUCUUUUAUGCAAUAUUUUAAUUUAUACAUGAAAGAGAAUUUUAAAAUUCAAGAAUAUAUUGAAUUCGAUAUUGAUGAUGAAGACUGUGAACUGGCUAAAAAAUUACAAGAAUUAGAAAAUUCUAUUGCACAUUAUACGCUUGCUUAUAUUAAGGAAAAGGCUAAAGCAAAAGCUACGCAAACUCUAAUCGAUCAUUUAGAUAUAUCCCAAGUGCAUAUAAUCAGUCUUGAUCAUAUGGAACGUGUUACACGUGAAUUCGAACAAUUAAAUACUCACAAUCUAAAAAAUGAAACUCUCUUAAAUGAUCUAGCCAUGCAUGUACAGCAGCACAGUCGACAACAAAUUGAAUUAAUACUAUACGAGAAUACAAAAAAUAAAUUGGAACGAGCAUCAAAACGUCUAGAAGAUAACAAACAAUUGGGCAAGAUUAUAUCGGACACAAUUCUAAAUGCUGAACUUAUAUGGAUUGCUAUACAAUUGGACAUGGAGAAAAAGCGUAACCGAUUUGAUAAUACGGAAAAAUUAAAUACGGAUGCAAUGUUAUGUUCGGAACGUAUAAAAUGUAUGCGUAAUUCACAAUUAACUUUAACGUCUAAUGCUGCAAAUCUUAAUAUCUUGGUAAAGAAAGGCGUUGACUUACUGUCAAAACAUUUGGGUCAAAGAAUGCGUUAUGAGCAAAAACCUUUUCUUUAUGAGUAUGAAAAAUUUUGCCGUUUAUUUAAAAAAGAUACAUUAUGGCAUAACAGUCAAAUGUUAUGGAUUUGGUUUUUAAGAAAUCCCACGCGAGUUAUUGCAGCAAUCGAUGAAGUUAAAAAGGCAACUAAUAAGGAACGCUCAAUACCUGGCGUUAACAUAAGAGGCAUAAAUCAUUUGACUGGUAUUAAGACAUUAGCAGGACUCAAACGAAAAUAA